UCACAGUAGACCGAUGUAAUUUCCGCGCUGCAACCGCUCGGUGUCAAAUUCCAGUGCCAGUAGAAGAUCUAUCGAACCUUACCGAGAGGACCGAGAAUGUCCUACGCAACGCAGCGGGACUUUUUCAACGUGACCUUCCACAAUGAGGACCCGAAGCUGCCGGACCGGAAGCGGAGUGAUGGGGCCCUCAUGACAUACGAAUUUUGCUCGGACAACCGAGCCUGGGCCCUGGACAAGGAGAAGCGCUCCAACUACAUCCUGGAUGUGGUGCACAAGACACGCUACAAGAAGGCGAUGUUGAAUCCCCAAGGUGAUUACGCGCUCAGUAAGGAAUACCUCAUUCAACUUGACGUGCAAGAUUUGGCAGAGUACGUCAUUUGUCUUCAGGAGGAAAUACAGAGGAUGAACCAGCAACAAGGCUCACAAUCUCAACAGCCUCCGUGUGCAAAAUUCGGUUUCUAUUCGACCAACUCGGACCAGCUAGAAAACCAAGCAAGACAAUUGCAACAGGACCGGGAUGAAUUCGAACAGCAAAUGGCCGACCUCGAAGAGGUGAUAGUGGAUCUGAAGGAACGAGCAGACCGUUACGAAAAUCUGGCCCGGGAAAACGAACUGCUUCGCUGCCAGCUGCAAUCCCGGUCCUCGGAGUGUACCGAUAAAAUGAAACUGAUUAACGCCGAGGCACAGGCCAGCUUUAAUCGGUUGAGGGCUGAGGAUGCGGAAAAAUUGGAGGCAGAACUCAUUAUUUUUAAAGCCGAAUACGAGGAACUGCGACAGCAAAACUUGGAACUGCGAGAACACCUGCAGAGGGCGUACACUUGUCAGACCAAGCUGGCCGAACUGAAGCGGCAACUUACCCUGGAACAGGAACUACGCGAAAAGGUCGAAGAUGAUCUGGAGCAUAUGUUGAAUCUAUACGACAAACAAUCUGCGGAGCUUCGCCUCAAGACAAACUAUUUCGUCGGAGGUCAGGCGCUGCCAGCAAUCGAAAGCAUUGCUUACGAUAAACCUUCAACUCCUCCUCCUCGGUCUCAGCCGACCUCCAAACAAGAUGAAGCUUGCAUGAAUUGUGAAAACUUGCGGCAACAGCUAGCAAAAGUACAGGAUGUUCAUGCGGCCGAGUUGAAGCAGAAGGAUCAUCUGAUACAGGAGCUGCAAAAUAAAUUAGAUGUUAAAGUAGAUACCCCCGUGAAGUUAGAUGCUCCUGUAAAGGAAGAUACCACUGGUCAAAACGAUCAAGUGGGUAUACAGCUAGGACAAUGUGAAAAAGAAUUGGCCGAAUUAAAACAACAGCUAUCAGCUGCCGCCGAACAGCAGAAGGCACUGGAGCAACAGCUGACAGCCGAGAAAGAAUUUUCGGCGAAUAAACAGAAACUUGUCGAAGAACUGCAAACGAAGGCUUCUGUACCGAGUCCGGUAGUGGUCAUUGAAGAAUCAGACGAUCCUGCUACGCAGCAAUUGAUUGAACUCCAGAAACAGCUGAACGAUGCCCGGCAACAACUGGAAGCACAAGCUAAAGAAAAGAACCAGUUGGCCGAACAGAACACAAAACUGCAAUCCCAAAUGACGCAGCUACAAGAUAGUGUUCGUGUUUCUGAGGCAGCAUUAAAACAAAAAGAUGCUGAACUUGCGGAUGUCAAGGCACAAACGACUCAGGCGGCAACACCACUGCCUGCGACAAGUUCGAAAUCUGACACCGAACUACUUGAAUGCACUAAGAAGACGGAAAGUUUACAAACAGAAGUAGACCGACUGCGUGGAGAGUUGGCAACGGCCAAAGGGCAGCAAAAACAGGGAGUCGAUUCGGCAGAUUUACAGAGCGAAAUCGAAAAUCUCAAGCAAAAACUACAGACGGCCAACGAUGGCAUAGCCGCGAAAGAAGCUGAACUCAAAAACUGUAAUGCAGAGAUUGCGAAAAUGGUGAACGUACAGAAGGAAAUGGAAAAACAGAUUGCUUUAAGCGAUUCGAAAGCUUUGGAGGCAUCGAAUGCUUUGGCAGCACAAAUGGAAACCAUAGCAAAGGAGGCAGAACGAAAAGCUUCUGAUGAGGCGGAACGAAAAGCUUCUGCAGAGGCAGAACGGAAAGCUUCUGCUGAGGCAGAACGGAAAGCUUCUGCUGAGGCGGAAAGAAAAGCUUCUGCUGAGGCAGAACGAAAAGCUUCUGCAGAGGUAGAAAAAACAGCUUUAGAAGAGACCGAGGCAGAGGCUGAGACUGUAGAAUCGGAUAUCCCACAGAUGGAGGAGGUUGACGAAUCUUCCACAGUCGAAUCACUUCCAAAAGGUAGUAUCGAUGAAAUCGCAGAGAAACUUCCAUCAAUGGAAGAACAAAUAACCCCCGGAGUAGAAGUUCUUUUCGGUAUUGAUCAAAUGGAAGAACUCGGUCUAUCAGAGGCACCUGAAGUGACAGCUAGAAAACUUUCAACUCUUCAACGAGCUAGCGACGACGAAGACGAAGGAGUAAUCGGUGAAGACAUUUCAGCCGAAUCGACCGAAACUCUGGUUCCUGAGGCGGAGCAUUCAGGCGAAGAAGAGGUUUUUGCAGAGGAAGAAGAAGAAGUUGGAGAGGGCGAAAGCGCGAGGAAAAGCUCCGAAGAACUCGAAGCGGAAAAACUUGCAGAAGCCGAAGCCAUAUUCGAUAGCGACAUGAUCACUCUCGGUCAUUCCGACAUGAAUAAAACUAAGAAAAUUGCUUUCAAAAUUUAUCGCUGUGGUAUUCAGGUACUGGUACUCGGGGAGCUGGAUCACUUGCAUCGGGAAAUUUGUCGAGCUUUCUUCGAACGGUUCGGAAUUUUGAAUCAAAGCUUCAACGUGGUCGACCAAAGCAUGUGCACCUGUACUCAGCUCCUGCAGAACCUUCGAACUAUGGGGGAUAACGAAAUGAUGGGACUACUCAACCCGGGUACCUCGAUUCCGAUUAGAAAUCCGAUGCUGUUGGAAGACGAAAUUCCGGUCAAAAUACCAGCUGAGCCCAAACCAAGAACUACUAGACCCAGCACUUCGGCAGGCGUGCCCAACGAUGCGAACAUUUUGUAUUCAUUGUUCACUGGAAUGCCGCCCCCGGGGCCGAGCCAGACCAAUGGGAAUGGGAAGAAAACGACGGAACGAGUUGUGAUGGACAACUUCCCGGAAUCGUGUCGAUCGAGACCUUGGAGAGCACCCAGAACUCCUACCGAAACAAUAGUUGCCAGAACGCUAGCCGAUGGUUCUCGACUCUAUGCCCGGCAAAAGAGAAACACGUAAAGUAGCUCCCAAUAAGUUUCAGAGUUUUUGGUUUUGUUCGCAAUUUUCUCUGUGUGCUACUACUUUACUACAAACGAAUUUAGCAGAAAGCCAACCUUUUAUAAACCCUAAAUUAUCAGUAGCAAUAGGAUUUAAAAAAAAUGAAUAAAAUUAUUGAACUUUU